AGCAUAUGUGUUUUCUAGACCUCCCCCUGAAUAAAGCAGCGGGCAAAUAAAGAAAAACAUAUAAAAACCAACACCUGAACUUUGGGGGGUGGGGAACGAGCCUUUCCGUUGUUUCGCAUUCAUUCACCAAUCCCCUGUUCAACUUCAUUUCCCAUGAUGACCGCCUAUGAAGGACCUCGCAAGCUGACCCUCGGCGAAAACCCUGUCAUCAUCAAAUUCAAGUGUGCAGGAACCAACCUUCGCGUGUCGAUUGCUCAAGUACCAACCUUCAAUGAACUCUGCUUCAUGGUCCAGCGGCUCUUUCGUUCCGCACUCUCCUCAAACCUGGACAACCUAAUCCUGCGAUAUGAGGAUGAAGGUAAGGGUUCCAAUCCAUUAUGUUGGAGCCCUUUUUUUUUUUGUGUCUCUGCUGUGCUCUCGUUUUCAAUGUCUGAUUCGCUUACAUGUUCAAAUCCAAACGCGCGUUGUACGCCGUUGUUAGACGGCGACCUGGUUACCAUCCAAGACGAUGCAGAUAUCACGCAUGCAGUUUUGCUUUCACCACUCCUGAAGCUAACAGUGAAUGACAAAGUGACCCAUCCAGUCGUGUUGCCUAUAGAGCAUCUCCCCAAGACCCUCGGGGGCAUGGACGAGAAGCAGACCAUUGCAGCGGUUACUGCGGCUCUAAUCGAUCUCCAGGAACGAAUUGGCCGCGCUGUACUGGUGAUCCAGUCUCAGCAUCCUGCUGCUGCUGCUGCCGCUCUUUUCAACGGCAAUGGCGGCGAUACAGCCUCGACGACAAACUCGAGAGCUGGAGGAAGACAGCAGGAGAGUGCGAAUACCGGCCAUAAGGCAGCACAAGACCGCGGGUUUACGGCGCUGGAUUCGACCCCGCUCGUUCUUUCGGUAGAGUCCCUAGACCAGCUGCUCGCACCACGGAAGAGUCUUGUCCAGCAGACGAGCGUAUCCAGCCAAGCAUCGCAUCAAAAUGCGCUGUCGCCAUCUACGGUUAACCAAGCGGCAACACAGCCGACGACCUUGACGAAUAUAGGUUCUCAGUUGCAGCAACAGCCACAGCAGCAGCAACAGCCGCAACCACAGCCGCAACCACAACCACAGCAGCAAUAUCAGCAGCAACAACAGAAUAUGGCAUCCAUGUCCUCCCAGCCUUGGACUCCUCAACCAAACCAGGAAUCCAGCACUAUGCAACAACAACAGCCUUCACCUGCUCCUACAGGUGUACCAGGCUCGUCCUUCCCACAGCAAUGUAAUCAACAAUACCCUCCUCAGCAACAGCAGCAGCAGCAUCAACAGGCAAUGCCAUUUGGACAAUAUACCGCAAGCAAUGUGCCCCAGCAACAACAACAGCAAGCGCAAGCACAAUUCCAAGCAGGCCAAGUCCAGACUCAAGGACAGCGGCAAGCCCUUCCUCAAGAACAGCAACAGCAACAGCAGUACAUGACUCAGAACCAGGGCUACCAACAAGCCCAACAGCCGUUACCUGGACAUGCCGUGCAAGUCCCCCCACAGCAGCAACAACUGACGCAGUCGCAACAGGCGCCAUACAUGCAGAUCGCGUACUCGCCAAGUCUAUCUGUGCAACAGCCACGGUUUUCGAACCAUGGAGCGUAUAGUCCAGCCGCGACUGUAGCUACAUCGGGCGGAAGCACGCCAUUUGUGCGAAACAGUAGUUUAUAUAUGUCGCAACAGCAACAACAAUAACAGAAUUGAGGAGUGGAAUAGAGGGAUAGCAGCGAUGGCUAUCCAAGGGGAGACGGGAAAGUUGUUGUCGUUGGUGUUUUUUUUUUUUUUGUGUUAUUGUAUUUAAGUCUGCACAUGGCGCCAAAGGGAAAUUGUUGCAAUAAAGAUAUUCAGAUAUUCAGAAUCC